UGCUUGUGAAUCUUGAACUCUUUUCUCUCUAUAAAAUCUUCACCUUUUCUCUGUUUGGUCUACCAAGGUCUCUUCUCUACAGGCAGAAAGCUAGGACUGAGAGAUGGGUAGAAAUCCAUGCUUCUCUUUCUUUCUACUUUUCACGAUCAUUUUUCAGGUAGCUGCUGGUGAUCAUCAUCCAGUGAUUGGGUCACAAAGGGAAGCACUGGAGAUAGUCAUAGGCGAUGGUGGCGAUACUCCUGCUCUUCCUCAUGAAUAUGAGGAUUGCGCACCUCCUCCUCCUCCACCUGAACUGUGUACUCCUCCACCUCCUCCUCCUUGUUUGCCGCCGAAUAUCGAAAGAGAUUAUAAUGCAACUCAAAAAUUUAAGGAAGCCAUUAAGACCGAUCCCAAAGGCGUAACAAAAUCAUGGAACAGGGCAGACAGAAACGUCUGUAAUUUUGAGGGCUUCACUUGUGCUGAAAGGCCUGACACUGGUGUGUUAUCUGUGGCAGCUGCAAACUUCAACGGUUACAACUUAGGUGGCCCUAACUUUCAGCUUAAAGAUUUCCUCGACCAGUUGUUGGACUUGUCUAUCUUCCAUGCAAAUUCCAACAAUUUCGCUGGGAUUUUGCCAAAUGAAAUAGGAACUCAAAACCUCAAUUUCUUAUUCGAGCUCGAUCUAAGCAACAAUAAGUACACGGGUGGAUUCCCCAUAUCAGUUCUUUCUGCCACCAACUUAACCUUCUUAGACAUCAGAUACAAUUCAUUUUCUGGGCCAGUUCCAGGAGAAGUGUUCAAUCUAGACCUAGACGUGCUUCUCCUCAACAACAACCAAUUCUCUCAACAGCUUCCUGAUAACAUUGGUUCUACACCUGCCUUAUAUCUCACUUUCGCUAACAACUACUUCACUGGCCCUAUUCCAAGUAGCAUUGGCAGUGCUAAAUAUCUAAGAGAGGUGCUUUUCUUGAACAACAACUUCACAGGCUGCUUACCAUACGAGAUAGGUUUCUUGAAUGAGUCCACUCUGUUGGAUGUGAGCCGCAACAACCUGACAGGUCCAAUACCGCAUUCGUUUGCCUGCUUGGCAAAGAUACAGAUCCUGAACUUGGCGAGCAACGAGUUUUAUGGGCCGGUGCCGGAGAUGGUGUGCAAGCUGCCGUAUCUGCAGAACUUGUCCUUGUCAGGAAACUAUUUCACUCAAGUUGGACCGGUGUGCAGGAAGUUGAUUGAGUUGAAGACGCUUGAUGUUAGCAACAACUGCAUUUUAGACCUUCCAAAUCAGAAAUCAGCAAAAAUGUGUAAAGAAUUCUUCUCUGAGCGCGAGAAAUGUCCUAAUGAGAAGUCGCUCACCAUUGUUCCUUGUAUGGAGAACUAUCGCAGCACAAUGACCAUGUUUGAUCAGAAACCCACAUUUGUAGCAGCUACACCACCUAUAUCAUAUGAUGCUUUGUCGCCACGUAAUAGUUUCCGAUUUUAAUCAUAAAGACACCCAUUUAAGAUUGCUUUCUUAUUAAUGGGAAUUGUCGCUAUGUAAUAUGUAUUUGAAUAUAGGCAUAAUUUCCUUUUCUCUUA